AUGUCUACCGCACCUUACAUAUUCACCAAGGUGUUGAAACCUGUAAUUAAUUAUUGGAGAAGCACAGGCAGGAGAAUUUGCAUGUUUUUGGACGACGGCCUAGGUGGCAAUUCUUGUAAGGAGUCUGUCUCCACGGAUUCCAUAGCAGUAAGAGCAGAUCUUGCCAAAUUAGGCUUCCUUCUUAGUGUAGACAAGUGUGUUUGGGACCCAUCCCUUAUUCAGACUUGGUUAGGUUAUAUUCUUAAUAUUUCUGAAAAUCGCUUGUAUGUAACUGACACCAGGGUGUCCAAUCUCAGGGAAUCCAUUUCAUCUGUUCUCGCAGAC